AUUGUGAAUGAAUGGGUUGUCCAAUCACCAAAUAUUUUACAUCAUCCAUAAAUAAUGAUUCUCAACUUGACCAUUCUUCUCUACACGACAAACUAGAAUAUGUCCUUGAAAGAGAAGCGCUGUUUUCAGUUGACACCUCUUAUAACAGAUGGGGAAGACCUAUCCUCCGAGUUUUCAGGUUUGACUCUUCCUUCUACUGAAGAAAGGGAAAAAGAUUGCUGGGAAGAAGAACACAACAACUUGGAGUACAACCAAGGUACUUGGAGUUCCUCAAAGAGACAAACUCGAAAACAAUCGGAAUUGGAUGAAAGCAACACGUUUCAAAAACUUUCAGACAAGACUUUACGACCACAAAGCAACACGAAGUGGUUCACUGGCUUACAUGGUUAUCCAGAUUCUCCAAGACCUCCUGGAACAAGCCUAUUUAAUGAGAAUGUGUCGUUGAAGAAAAAGGAUUGCAAAAGUAGUUUUCCCUUAUGGGCACACCAAAGACGAAAACAGCUUGUACCUCAAUCUCCCAAGCAAAACUUGGAAAACGUAGGAAGAAACUCCAAACGAAAGCCAAGUUUACGAGCACGUUUGAUAAAUAGAUUUAUCACGUCUACGAGAAGAGCAGUUCAUGAAUAUGCUGCUGCAGCUACUGCAAUAAUAUCUCCUUCGGGAGAUAUAGGUGACUCUGGUCGUUUCCAGAAUGUCCAUCGACAUACUCAGGACGGAAUGGAAUCUACAGAUAUGGCAGGAUAUGGACAAAGCCUUUCUUUUCGUGUAUCUAAAGAGCAUAAAUCAUAUACUCCUGUUUCGCCUUUUAGGAAACCUAGAAUUUCUACUGAUAUUGAGUCACGUAGAAGAAGUAAAUCAUUUCCAGAGUCCUUUGUACAACAUAACGAAAGUAUACAGGAAGAGAAUAUGACAAUGAGCCGCAUUCGUUCGUGUUCUCAAGUCCUUGAUGAUGAUGAUUUUUAUGACACAAAAUCAGACGAUUGGUUGCGUAUUUCUGGUGAACAUACAACUGUUAAGAAUAGUCGUCGAAUGCCGUUGGAUGCUAAUCGAGAAUUUUCUCCUGUUAGUCCACAUAUCCAAGAUGGUCUUCAUGUUGAAGAGAAUACGAGAGAACAGAAUGAUCCCAUGGAAACUUCAAAAGUGGAUGAGGAAGAAAAGGUUACAAAAGAAGAGGAAGAGAAGGAUGAGGAUGCUCACCAAACUGCAAAAUAUAAGAAGAAGAUGAGCUUGAAAUUAGAUGUAGAGAAUUUCACAGCUUUUUCGAGAGAUUCUCGAAUAGUUCCAGUGAAGACAAAUAAGAAAAAAGGUCCCUUUGUAUAAGUAUUCUUUUGUUGACAAGUAUUAUGACUUUUCUACUUUCAGAACAGUAUAUAACUUUGAUGGCAUACUGUAUAGACAAGAAACUUGUAUCUCAUCUCUUUUUCAUUAUCCAGAACAAAGUCAUG